CUAAUUCGUAGACCAAUUUUGAUUUGGAGAAUAUUAAACAAGAAUUACUUUAAGCUAUAAUCUACAGCUAAAAAGAAUUCGAUUGAUAUGACUCAUACCGUGUUGUUUGUUCAUCCCACGAAGUGUCCACGAACGCGCACUUACAGCGAAUUUAAGACCGUUCAGAGCUGUUUGGAGGCUGUGUGCAAGAUAUAUGAGGAGCAUCUAAAGCGGAAGUGCCCCAACAUGCCCACCAUAACAUAUGAUAUACAGCAACUGUUCGAUUUCAUUGACUCCUUCGUGGACAUCUGCUGUCUGGUGUACCAGAAGAGCACGGACAGCUAUGCGCCGCACAGCAAGGAAUGGAUUAAGGACAAGAUCUACGAACUGUUUCGGGAGGCUGCUUUAAACAAGGAAAGAUUACAAUAA